AUGACAAGCUACGAGGCUGAACCAAAAUUUGUGUUGAUUACUAGCAUAAAUCCUAAGGUUGUUGGAGGAGAGGCUCUUUACGUAGCUAAGGCUGAUAAGCGCAAGGUUAAGUACGAGAAGACCAUGAAAGCCUACAACAAGAAGCUGAAGGAAGGUCCAAAGGAGGGCGAGGAAUUUGACAAGUCCGUUUCUGAGGUUAGUGAAGAGGCGAAUGCGGAUAAUAGGAGUGAUGAG